AUGACCGUGUCAACCGAGUUUCCCAGCACGGAGAGCAUCCUUCUGGAUCUCGGCAAGCAGAUCGGUCUCGACCUCUCUGCACACAAUGCUACCAUCCAGGGGCAGGAUCCUGUAGUGCCCUCGACGCACCGCAUCGGCGAUGCCUGUGCGGCCGCACUGGCUCUAGCAGGUACCGCAGUCUCGCAAGUGGCACAGGCUCGCGGUUCGGUGCUGGACAAGAUCUGCAUCACUGUCGACGAAGCCAUCAUGCAGCUCACUGCCGCCUUCUACACCAAAGUCAACGGGGUAGCGCUGCUUCGUCUGUUCGAGGACCGCAAGCUGUUCCACAACAGCGACUUCUACCCGACCAAGGACGGGCGCCAUCUGUUCCUUCUGCUCACCUACCCGCGGCUUCGCGAUGCUGCGUGCCAGGUGCUGCAGUGUCCACCAGAAAAGAAGGACUUUGCCCAGAGCAUCGCGCAGUGGAACGCAUUCGAGCUCGAAGAGGCCAUCAACGCGGCGCACGGGUGCGGAAUCGCUCUACGCACGCGUGACGAGUGGCGCGAGCAUCCGCAGGGCAAGGCACUCCUUGAGCAGAACCUCAUCUCGGUCACUAAGAUCGGCGACAGCAAACCCUUCCCACUCACGCCCCUUACGCAGCCAGACACGGCGAAGGCCGACGCCUCGCUGCCGCUGGAAGGCCUCCGCGUGCUCGACAACGGCCACGUCAUUGCCGCGCCCAUCGUCAGCCGCCUUGCCGCCGAGUUCGGUGCCGACGUGCUCCACAUAUCAUCCCCAGACUACCCCGAUUCGGCGGCGAUGCUGAACGAGACCGGGUUGGGCAAGCUCAACGCGUUCUGCGAUCUCAACGAGGAAAGUGGCCGCCAGGGAUUCGCCAAGGUUAUCAAGGACGCCGAUGUGUACGUGUGCAACUACCGUUCACUCGAGCGCAAGGGCUACUCUGCCGCCGAGCUCGCCACGCUCAAGCCGGGUAUUGUGUUUGUCGACAUUACGGGAUGGGGCCGUGUUGGGCCGUGGGCAACCCGCGGUGGAUUCGACCAACUCGCCUGCACCGCCACCGGCUUCUCUGCUGAGGAAGGCGGCUUUGCCACCCCACGCCUCCCGCCCACAUAUCUGCUCAACGACUACCUAGCCGGUAUCCUGGGCUUUGCUGGCGCGCUCAGUGCGCUGCUCCGCCGUGCCAAGGAGGGCGGCAGCUAUGUGGUCAGCCUCAACCUCGCUAGUGUCGUCAUGUGGGUGCAGGAUCUAGGAUCAUUUGACCCCAAGGACGUGCAGCAUCUCUCGCCGAUCGAUCAUAACGUGGCGGCAGAGAAGCUCGACCGGGUAUCCGGUCCGAACGGCAACACCAGCUACCUCGGCGUCCGUAUUGGUUUUGAACAUAUCAAGCCUCACUUCAAGAGAGGUGCACAGCCCGCUGGAGCUGGUCCGCUUUCGUGGUCUCAAUUUUGA